UGCAGAGUGCUGUCUACACCGCUCAGCCUGAGCACCAGGGCCGUCGGCACUGGCUGGCGCCCUCACUGCACUUCCCCACUUGCAUUUCGCUCUCCUGGCUCUGGGGCUCAGCGCUGCCCAAGCCACUUCCUGGGCUUGAAGACCUUCCUCCAUGUGGAAGACCACGGAGAAACCACAGCGAAACCUAGACCCUUCCCCCGCCCCGCCCUCUCCCCCACGCCCGGCAGGAAAUCAGCCCAAGCCCUGCUCUUCCCAGCAGCUGGCUCCCUCCAAAUUUCCCACAGCACCUUUCAUCGGAACCGUUUUGGAGAACGGCUUGGAUGGUUCGCAUACAGUUCCACCCAUUUGCUAUGUGACACGUGACUAUUAGCUAUCUACCAAGGAGAAGUGAAAAUGUGUGACCACACGAAGACUUGUCCAUGAAUGUCCACGAUGGCUUUAUUCACAGGAGACCCAAACCAGGAAGAAUCCAAAGCCCAUCAACGGUGAAUAAAUAUGGAAGUUCCAGUACAUUCGAUCAAUGAGUAGCACUCCAUCAAUAGCAGCGACACGGUGCUGUCCCGUGAGACGGCGUGGAUGAAUCCCAAACACUGUUAUUUUGAUUAAAAGAAGCCAGACUCAAGAUCAUUCAUACUGUAUGGUUCUAUUUAAAUGAAAUUCUAAAACAAGGUACAACUAAACUAUAGAGACAGGAAACAGUUAUGAUCAGCUCAUCCAUGUGCUGGGGCCUCAUCACACACUCACCACUGCGCCAGGUGCCAUGAGAAUACAUUCUAGACUGUCCUCUGAGAGCGGUACUCCAAAGGGCCGCCACCUACAGCACUCAGUCAUACCCCUGAUGGCCACUUGAUACCACCGCCAGGUCGGGUUACACAGAUACCCGCGAUAGUGCCAUUCGCCGUGAUGACUGAGUCGACAAGGCUGAGUGACUCGGUGGAAGCAUUUCCCGAUUGGACGAACCUGUUGGCGGCCUGCUUACUGUCACGCUUGCUUUUAUAAUGAAAAAGGAAAAGAUUCCUGCUUUUAAGGAUGGCGGCUCCAGACAUGGAGGCAGUGGCGCAGGCGGAGCCGAAUCCCAGAGGACCUGAAAUCGUCACCAUGGGGGAGAACGACCCCCCCGCGGCGGAGGCUCCCUUCUCCUUCCGAUCCCUUUUUGGACUUGACGAUUUGAAAAUAAGCCCUGUUGCACCAGACGCAGACGCGGUUGCGGCCCAGAUACUGUCCCUGCUGCCGCUCAAGUUCUUUCCCAUCAUCGUCAUCGGGAUCAUUGCCUUGAUAUUAGCACUGGCCAUUGGUCUGGGCAUCCACUUCGAUUGUUCCGGAAAGUACAGGUGUCGCUCAUCUUUUAAGUGUAUUGACCUGACAGCUCGGUGUGACGGGGUCCCGGACUGCAGAGACGGGGAGGAUGAGUACCGGUGUGUCCGCGUGAGUGGCCAGAAUGCAGUGCUCCAGGUGUUCACAGCUGCAGCCUGGAGGACCGUGUGCUCUGACGACUGGAAGGGUCACCACGCUAACGUCGCCUGUGCCCAGCUGGGGUUUCCAAGCUACGUGAGCGCAGACACGCUCGGGGUGGACUUGCUCGAGAAGCAGCUCCAGGAGGACUUUGUGUCCAUCAAUCACCUCUUGCCUGAUGACAAAGUGACUGCUCUGCAGCACUCCGUGUACGUGAGGGAGGCAUGUGCCUCGGGUCGUGUGGUUACCUUGAAGUGCACAGUCUGUGGUCUGAGAAUGGGCUACAGCUCACGCAUCGUGGGUGGAAACGUGUCCUCGCUCAUGCAGUGGCCGUGGCAGGCCAGCCUUCAGUUCCAGGGCUAUCACCUGUGCGGGGGCUCUGUCAUCACCCCCGUGUGGAUUGUCACCGCCGCGCACUGCGUCUACGACCUGUACGUCCCCAAGUCCUGGACCAUCCAGGUGGGGCUGGUUUCCCUGCUGGACAGUCCGGCCCCUUCCCAUCUGGUGGAAAAAAUCAUCUACCACAGCAAAUACAAACCCAAGAGGCUGGGCCACGACAUCGCGCUCAUGAAGCUGGCCGGGCCGCUCACCUUCAGCGAGACGAUCCAGCCCGUCUGCCUGCCCAACUCCGAAGAGAACUUCCCUGAUGGAAAACUGUGCUGGACGUCAGGAUGGGGGGCCAUAGAGGAUGGAGGUGACGCCUCCCCCAUCCUCAACCAUGCAGCUGUGCCCUUAAUCUCCAACAAGAUCUGCAACCACAGAGACGUGUACGGAGGCAUCAUCUCCCCCUCCAUGCUCUGCGCCGGCUACCUGAAGGGUGGCGUGGACAGCUGUCAGGGAGACAGCGGGGGGCCGCUGGUGUGUCAAGAGAGGAGGGUGUGGAAGCUGGUGGGAGCUACGAGUUUUGGCAUCGGCUGUGCUGACGUGAACAAGCCCGGGGUCUACACUCGCGUCACCUCCUUCCUGGACUGGAUUCACGAGCAGAUGGAGAGGGAUCUGAGAACCUGAAGAGAAGCGCACAGGCUGCCACCUCGACUUCCUGCCGCGAUGGAGACACCCCAUCCUGCCACAGGUCCCUGGGUGGAAAUUGCCACGGGAGAAGGGAGCCUUGGGUGCUCUUCUUUCUGGCACCACCCGCAGGACCAAAAGAAGGAGCACCUUUCGUCCCCCCACAUCUAGAACAACCUGCUUCCAGCACCUCGACGAGCCGCCGGGGGCGUCGGGCUAACACGACCUGAUGCUCCUUUGUGACCUUCGCUGAGAACAGAAGGGGGAACGCCUUUGUGGUGUGACCUUGUCCCACUGUCCCUUCAAGUUUCUCUGUCCCUGGGCACAGGCAAAUCGCACACAAACAACACAGGUACUCAGUAAGGACGCAGGCCGGAGCCCCAGGGGGCCGAUGUCGCUGUCCGCGUGUCCUUGUCCUUAGGCGCUGGAAGCAACCCAAAACUUUCUACUUCCAAGGUCCCUUUCCGCGUGUGGGAACUUAGUCUACAAGUGGCUAGUUGUAAGGUGUAUCUCUAUUCUUUCUUUGUAGCAUUCGAUGCUUGGGGCCUUAUUUGCCUCCUGCUUCCAAAGGACAUGUGCUCCCCUAACACGUCUGUGAGUCAGAGGUUGUCUGUGAAUCCCGACCACUCGUGUGCGUUGGAACCCUAAGCUAACUGCAGAGCCGUGAUUACUUUGGUCUCCUCUACAUACAGUGUCGGUUGUGUAUUUUUCUGUUGGAAUAGGUUUCUUUCUUUCUUUUUUUUUUAAAGAUUUAAUACAUUUAUUUAAGAGAGAGAGGGGGA